AUGGCAGGCCAAGCCAUUGCUCUAACUCGGUCAAUAAUUAGGAUUGAAUAUUUAAACAUGAAAUUAAUGAAUAUGAAUAUGAAUAUCUACUUCAAUAAAACUUGUAAGAAAUUGAAAGUCGUUUCAAAAUACAUCAAUAUACAUAACAAAUGUACAUCUGAAGCUGCAAUUAAAGCCAAGAAAGUAGCAGAGACAAUAUGGUUGAACUCUGUAACAAAAAUUGUAUUCGGGAAAAAAUAGGUAAUAGUAAGAGAGAUUAAUGAUUUAGAAACAAUUUUAUCCCAAAAUUUAAAUCACUUACAGAUUUCACACUUUGGAAAUCACAUCCAACAAAAAUUACUAUAUAAAAGAAUUAGAAAUGGCGUAGGAUUAAUGAUAAAAUUAAUAUUUUAGUAGCACAAAAUACAUAGAAAUUACAACUUAAAAAUCAGCAUUCUUAUAAACCAGUUACUAAUUUAACUUCCAUAAUUUUCAAUAAAGCUGAAAACAAUUUAUUAAAUAAAGAUAAUGAAUUCAAUAUAUAUCAAAUAUUAAACUUUCAAUCAAUUUAAAAACAAUUAAUACUAUGUGAAUCUGUUAUGAAUUAUAUACAAUUUCAAAAUCAAAAUCAAACAAGAUAUAACUUGAUAAAUAGCACCAAUAAAAACUACAAAAAUAAUACCUAAAAUAACUUAUCCGAUAAAUAGUUUCUUAGUAAUAGCCGUUUUAAUUUCUAGAAAAUUGGCGUGAAAACAAUGUUCAAUACAAUAGAAUACAAUCAGCACGGUAAUUCCUUCUAUUGAAUAUUAAUUGUUUUCAAUGUUUUCACACCUAUUUUCUAUACAUUGAUAGUCACUAUAACUAAGAAACUAUUAUUGAAUAUGAAUGUAUGAUGACUAUUUUAGAAUAAUAUAUUUUACAAAAUGGCUCUUUUGAAAUUUUAAAAAUAGAAAAAUAAAAAGUUAUUUUUCUUAGUUAUUAAGGGAUGGAAAUCAAAUUUUUCUCUACAUAUGUGUCCCCCUCGUACAAACCGGAUCAAAAAUGAAAAAAAUUAAUAUUGAAUUAUUAGCAUAAGGAUAAUACUGUAUGUAACCUGUAUAUUAGUAUAGGCAUAUUUUAUUAUUUAUUUAAAGUUAUUAGAAAUGUAUGAAACUUAACUGUAGUUAAGUAGGUAUUAUAGAUAUUCGAAUAUGAGAUACUAUACAAUAGUGCCUCGAAAAGGCACAAUAAUCGAGUUAUGCCAACACACCCAAUGCCCAUGGUCAUAACUACAUAACGUUUUGUUAAUUGUUUAUAAAAAUUUUAAGUUGAAACAUAAGUAAUAACAUGUGAGUGCUAGGCCCGCACGGUUGCAUGGUAUUCUAAUAGGACCACAGAUAUCUCAAUUGUGUAAAUUGUUGUAUAUGGAAUCGGCUAUCUAGUUUUUAUAUAAUAUUAUAUUUGUGAAUAGCAGCAAACAUCAAGAUAAUUUAUUGAUUCUGGGUACAGAGUAGUUGUCAGAAAACUACUAAGGAUAAAGACACAAUCAUUUUUGUAUUAAGAGUGUAACCAGUGUAAAAAAAAUAAUUUGCCUAUGCAAUAAUUUAACGCUUAAUGCUCGUAAACCUUGUAUAAUAAAUUAUGUAUUCACUAGUGAAUAGUUAAUCCACCUUGGUUAAUGAUGAUCCAGAUUCAGAAUGGGUUAAAGUUAAAACUUUCGUGCAAUCAUCACAAAUUAAUUUAGUUGUUAGUUUAUGAACAAUGAAACCAUUAAUAUGUUCAAUAAUAUCAUAAAUUACUUGCUGUAAAAUUGUAAUAAAUAACAAAAAUGAUAGUAAAUUGAUUAUUAUUCUUAAAUAUACGUAAAUUGUGAUGUCUUUGUAAUUGCUCGGAUAGAUGAGAAAACAUUUCUAGAUAUUUUGGCUUUAUAAAUCCUAACCUGGCAACAUGUAAUCGGGAUCAAUCAAAUGCUCCAUUGUAAAAAAAUUAUUAUAUAAAUUAUUUUAAAAAGAAAAUAAACGCACUAAAAAAUAAAUUUUAGGGAUACUUUUUAUUUUUUUAUUGAUAAUGAAAAUAUCUACACAAACAUUUUGUUAUUCAACGUUGGCAAUAUUUCAAACUAAAACAGAAAAAAAUCUCAUCGAUUUUCUGACAACUCCUAAUAUCCCAUUUAUUUCAUAUAAAGAUCGAGCUUGCCACUAUGCCACCGAUUUGAUUACGUUGGUAGUAUGGUUCGUAUAGUUUCGCAUUGAUAAAAAUGAUAACAUAAUUAAACAGUCCAUCACUGUCUCUAUCUCAAGAUUAAGUCUUAUUCGUUGUCCAUCUUUACAACGCUGCGAAUCGUUGUGUUAGCCAUUGAUUAUGAUAAUAAGCCUUAGUACAUAUUUCAAAAUAAUAUACAACAACCUGGAAUAUUGUUAAUUAAUUUUUAUUAUUAAUGUAAACCACCCAUAUUUACAUUGUAUACAAAGGGUACUGGUGAGAUACCGAAGACGAGAAUCAUCCCGCUUAUCGUCUUCUUUCAGGUUAGAAAAUCGUUCACACUAUAUUAUAGAGUGCUGGUAAAAAAAUUCAAAUUUUGUAUUUUGUAUUUCAAAUUUUGUUAUUCGAGUAUAUAGUAAAUUGUUCAUAUUCGGAUUUUUAAUGAUACAGAAACUAAAUAAAUUGUGGACAGUGAAUAAUAUUAAUAAAGUUUUCCGUUGAAAAAUUUGGUCAUCAUACAAAAUUUUAGUUAGAACAAAAUAGACUAACCUAACCAAACAAAUUGUAAUUGGGAGAUAUACUAAUAAUUUCCAAUAGGUACCAGUUAUUUUUCUAAAUCUAGUGUGAUACUUUAUUUAAAAUUAUCAUUGCCUAAGAUUUUGUGUUUUGAAAAUAAGUAGAAUACCUACACCGUAGUUCUAUUCCACGCUUCUGCAUACUUAUCCACUGUAUCGUAAUAUGAAAAUGUAGUAUUUUGUUUGUUUAUUAUUUUACAUUAUUAUUAUUUUUUUUUUUUAGGCAUGACUAUAACUCGUUUACAAGUAAUACAAUUGUAUAAAGAACUUUUGAAGUAUGGCUGUAGUUUGAAACUUACCGACAAAAAUUAUUAUAAACGUCGUAUUAAACAAGAAUUUUUAGACAAUAAACAAUUAGUUAAGCCUGAUGAAAUUCAGUUUUUUUAUGAUGUAAGUUUACAAUUUUUAUUAUGUUUAACAUACACAAUGUUUAGUUAGAUAUAUUUAAAUUAAACAAGUAGUUUAAAUGUUAUAAAAAUCAUUUUAGUAUUUACCUAUGUAUACAUUUUUUUUUUUUUUUUUUUAAGAUUUCCCAGUAUUAUAUUUUGUCUUAAGUUUUGAAUUAUAACCAUAAAAAAGAGCUGAUACUGGGGAUGGGAGUAGCCACUAUUAAAGGUGAGAAGUUGGGAAGAUAGGAUACAUAAAGUUAUUUUAUUUAUAUCUGCAAGCAACAAUAAACAAUUGCUUGACGAAAGAUGAUUCUCAGCGCAGUUCAGUAAUACAUAAUUUGAAGUGCCAUAAUUUUUUUGUGAGUUUCGUUUAAAUUUGAUUUCAAAACUCUUAUUAAAAGAAAAAAAAUCGUCCAAUGACUUUGGAAAUUUUACCAUAUCUAGAAAAGUCCAAUACAAGUAUUAUUACCAAGUUUCAAAUCUUUGUUUAUUUAUAACCAAAUUAAAGCAAAAAAACUCAAAAAUUAAAAUUCCUUAAGAGCUCAAAAGUUUUGGCGGUUAUACCAUAAGAAAGUAAAUCAAAAAUGCAACAAAAAAAGUAUCUUGUGAUUUUUCGAUUAAAUCAUUUUUUCUAGUAGAAAUCAUGUUUCAAUAAUGAAAUUGUGAAAUUGUAAGUUUUCCUAUGUUUUCUCCCACUUAAGUGUUUUUAUUUUAAAAUGGCGUCGAAAAUCAAAAAAAUGACCUCUUUAAAGUACAAUCUAGACAACUUGAGCUUUCAGAAAAGUUGUUACAUGUAGAAAUUGGAGCAAGUUUACUAGGAAAAAGUAUGUCCACAGACAAAAAGUAGAAAAAAAAAAUAAACAUCUUAGUAAAACCAAUAGCUCCCUUGCUACGCUAAUACGCUAAUCUAAUAUCCAUUACAUUGAAACAAUUUUCUUACAGUUAUUUGAAAGAAAAAAUACCUAUUAACUUGAUUUAUUAAUUGAAUAAGCCUUAUUACAAAAUUAAAAACCCAGACAUUAAUAUAUUAUUUGAGAAUAACAUAUUAAUUUAAUAAGUUAUAGAACAGCAACAAUGUGUUAUAGGCAACUAUGCAUAAUAUAUUGGUAGUAUUAGGGUUUUAUACUAUUUAUUUUUUAAAUAAAAGGUUUAUCCAUUUCUUUCUGUAGUUUAGUUCGAUCACUUAAUAUACCUAAAAGAAGGAACUAGUGCACUCAACCAAAUUUUUCAACAAAAUUCAAAAUUGUUUUACUAUUAUCAUCGUAUUAGGCAACAAUACAUUAGUCAUACAUUUAGCAAUAGAUUAAGUUAUAAGUCUAGUUUACCAAAUACCCUUUGUUUUCCAAUUUUUUUUGUUUAUAAAUAUGUGUUUUUCGACGCUGAUUUCAGAACUGUUUGAAUUUUUUUGUGAAGAAGUUAUGGAAGUUUGAAACUUAUCCCUUUUAAUGUUUUUCCUUGUUACUUAUCUGACGUCAUAUUUCACAACAAAUUGAGUGUUAUAUUUCGUUUAAAACAGUCCGAGCGAACACAGCAAGUAAGAUCUCUAGGUGUAUCUAUAAUACAAACUUCAAACUUCCAUAACUUCUUUAAUAAUGAUUUCUGCAAAAAAAUUCAAACAGUUCUGAAAUCUGCAUAAAUAAAAGAUGUCUUGGGAUAAUGGAGACAGGUGCAGCCACUGUCUUAGAUAAUUUAAUAUAUACCUAUAAGCAACGAUAAACCAUUGCUUACGAAAAAACAAUUCUAAGCGGAGUUCAGUUGAUAGUGAUGCUUUAUCAACAAUAUAUAUAUAUAUGUACAUAAUUUUAUGUCAUUUUAUUAUUAUACAUUAAAUAGGCUCUCUAUAUUUUUUUUAUAAUAAUUGUUUAAUGUUGUACCAAUUUUCUCAGUUUUCCUAUAUUCUAUCUCGGUUUUUCACAUUUCCUUGGAAAACUCUUGGGGAAAUCGAAAAAUUAACCUUCUUAAAGUACUUUUCCAGUCAAAUUUCCUUUUAGAAACAUCACUAUCAUUAUAAAUUUGAGUAAAAUUAUGCUUAGAAAAAAAAAUUGUAAUGCGUUUUAACUAAUACCUACAUUUCUGAUAUUUUCUGGUUUUUCUACAGUUUUUUUUCGGUUUUUUUUAAACUUGAUAAUAAAACUCCUAAGAAAAUCAAAAAAAUUACCUCUUUUAAGUACUUCCCCAGCCAGAUUUUCUUUUAGAAAUAUUGCUAUCGUUAUAAAUUGGAUCAAAAUUACUAAUAGAAAACAUUUAUUAAAAAAAAUGGAAAGCAAAGGUAAACUAGACUUGUUCUAUAGAUCAGCAGUUCUCAACCUUUUCAUAUCGUACUACUUGAUACGAUUAUUCAAAUUUUUUUUACUUAUUAAAUAAAAUGUGUGUCAUUUUGCAUGUAUGGAGCUUUUUAUUAUAAAAUUACAUAAUUAUAUAACCAUUUAAUAUACAAAAGUAAAAUUAAAUGUAUAUGGUUAUUGUUUUUAUUAAUAUUUAUGGAUUAAUAAACUGCAUUAUAACUAAUAACUUUUUUUCACUUAUCAGAAAAUUUCAUCACAUACUACUUAUGAGCUUUUCACAAUUUAAGAAUCACUGCCAUAAACUAAAUAGGUAUGGUUUUUGGUAACUUUUCUUUUGUUUUGGUAGUUUGAGUGUUUCUAUCUUAAUUUUCAUUUAUCACAGCCAUGUCUACAGCAUUUUAGUUCUUCUCUGCAAGGGCCAAAAAGGACAAAAGUUGCAGGUGAUUGGGUAUUUGAAGCAUUUUAACAUGUGGUUCAUUGUUUGCACCUCGGCAUAUCCACACAUCUCUGUUGUAUCUUCAAGAUAACUUACUUUUUCAGAUUGGUUUUACAAUAUCCAACCCCUGCACUUGGUCAUUUUCAUAAAACUAUUUCUGGAUUUAAUUCGGCAUAGACCUUUUUAUAAAUUAUAUUCCAUACAUUAUGUGUUAAGCAUCAGUCAUUAGUUUUACAUGGAGUUUUCCAUUGACUUCUUUGUUUCUAAAAUGAAAUAGGCGAAUUAGGUCGUGGGGAGUUUGUUUCAAAUAUUCACCCUUUUUGGCGAAUGUGCAUGGUAAGAAAAGUCAAUUUUUGUUUUGAAAAAUUAUUUUUUUGGUGCUGGUUUUAAAAGUGUUUGAAUUAAUUUUUAGAACCCACUGUUAAAGAAAUUAUGCCAAAAACAUCUAAUAAUUUAUUGCCUUAAAACACAUUUUGAGAGAAACCAGCAAUGGUGCUAUACUGUAUUUAUGCCAAAUUGAAGGUUUUUUUGCUGUAACUUUUUUAAUAAUAGUUUCCGCAUGAAAUUUGUUAGGCAUGUAGUAAAGUGCGCUUUAGUCUAAAUAAAUAUUUAAAUUAUUAAAACAACUUAAAAAACUUUGGGUUAAUAUGUAUUAACAGCAAAAAUAUUCACACAUUUUGUCACUAUACAUAAUAUGCCUAAAUAAAUCACCAAAAGUAUUCAUUUUUAAAAAAUAUACAAGCAAAAUCAUAACUACUCUAUUCAUUUUAGUAGUUUGAUUAUCAGCUAUAAAAGUUAAAAUUAAAUUUAGUGUUUUUAGAAUUAUUUAUUAUUAUACUUUAGAUAAAAUUAUAUUAUUAGAUAGUAUAAAGCACCGCUUCAAUAUUUUUUUACAUUUUUAGUCGAGAACUAAUCAAAUAUUAUUUAUUCAAUUUAACAACAUGUUAUUGUCAUAGUAUUUUUAAACUCAAAUCUAACCGUGUUAAUUUAUUGUAAUAUUACCUAUUAAAUUUUCAAAAACAGUAAUUUACUUUUUAAUUUUAUCAAUGAAGCUAAAUACUUAAUUACUUAUAUUUAUCGUUAUAAAGAGAUUGCUUGUACUUUCUAUAAUAAUUUGUUCAUAUUUAUAACAUUAUGUUUUUAAUUUGUUUCAGAAAGGACGUGAAUUGUUAA